AUGCAGUCGCUGCGCUCUCGCAAACCAUCAGAUCCCCCUCCCAAAGUUCAGCGAUCAGCUAGCAAACUCAUUCGCCCCAAUGGCAGGGAUGGACGCAGAGCUACUCGUGUUGACGAGAAGAUGAAGCGGCGCAUGUCCAUGCGUUAUGCUGAAAUCUCCUCUCCUACGAAUGUCUUGGGUCCUGCUGUUCCCAGUCUUCCUCUCGAUGCACUCCAAUCUCCGUACGAAAAUCAUAUUGACCAGGCGCAGGAAGUAGAAACACCAAGGGAGGAUCCCCGAAUAGCUGAGCUCAGAUUGCUUGACCAAGAUAACUUUGAUUCUGAUGCAUACCUGAAGCUGAAGAUGGCAAGGUCUACUGAGGCCGAGCUCAGGACGAUGCAGUCGUCGCUACGCGACCAGAAAGAUGGCGUAGCGCACGACCUGCAACAGGACGUUUUCAGGAACUACGCAGAAUUUGUGCAGAUCUCAAAAGAGGUCGGCGUGAUUGAGAAUGAGAUGCUUGAGUUUAAGGAGUGUCUGGCGGAGUGGAAGGGAAUGCCUUCAUUGCUACACGUCGAGGAAUCAGCAUCAGCUGCAGAACGCAGGAGAAACGUUCGCUCUUCGAUUGCUGACUUGCGGGUUCUGUAUGCAAAUCAGAUGCAAACUCUUCACACUCAAAUCGAGGGAUCAAGCAAAUAUGUUCCAACGCUACCGGGCCGGCAUGUCGUCGCAGAAAUGGACAACAUUGUCGCACUGAAUGCGGCAACCUAUAAAGUUGAUCAUGCCGUCCGAUUCGUUAUCCUUGACGACGCGGUGUUGGUGGCCCGGAUACGUCGCAGGAGAAAUAAUGCGGAGAACGACAAGUUAGUUGCUGAGCGAUGUUGGCCAUUAAACGAAAUGUUGGUUCUGGACACGAAGGAUACAGCUACAAUGUCCAAUGUAUUCAAGAUACGACACGGCAAGGAGACGCAUGUGUAUCGUACGGAAGCAGUGGGAGACAAGAAACAUAUCCUAUCACAGUUUCGUCAAGUUGCUGAAGAGCUCUCUGCCAAAAGACGGAAGGAGCGCGAAGGAGAACACCUCCGGCGCAAGAGUGUAUGGGAAAAUGAUCGUAGCUCGACGGUGGAACCUGUUCCACCUGUUCCGGUCUGGAUGGCAGAUAUAGUCGGUCAGACUGAAAUGGGCCCCAGUGCAAAGGAGAAGGCUGAGCGUGAUGCUCGAUGGAUUGGAGAUUUCUGUGACGAGUUAACUGUGUCGAUAGCUCUGCGCGAAUGGGACAAGGCUGUAGGACUCGUUGAGAAAGGUGAAGCUGAGGCCUCCAACAUCCCUUCACUCUCCUCAAGGUUGACCCCGCUCAGAACGUCUUUAACUGCACUACUGUUGCAGUCCCUCACAAGCCCUUCAAAUCGCAAAUCGACCGUCACACAUCUUAUUGCACUUCUUGUCCGUCUGAAAGCGGCUGCCGCCGCACGGAGCACAUUCCUCGCUUCACGUGAGGAACUCAUGCGCAGACGUGUACGGACGGUCAGGUUUGAGGGACAUGUCGGCAUGUAUGUCGGGGAUCUGGCGAUCGUGUGCUUCACAGGCAUCAAACAUACCGCAGACUGGUACUUGGCGAGCUUCAAAGAGAAUGAAGUCGCGAGUUUCUUCGUAGAAUGGGCGAAGAAACAGGUAGAGUUCUACGCGGAGAUGUUCAGAAAACAGGUCUACAGUUCAGACGUGGAUCAACAGACGAUUGAAGAAGCUGUCAAGAUUACAAAUUUCCAAAGUAAAAAGUCGUUAGAGGAGUACGGGAUCGACUUUCGCUUUCUCAUCGACAAACUUCUCCUGGAGGCGCCCAAGAGUCCCGUUAAUGCUCGUCCUCCUCCUUUCCGCCAGCACAAGGAGAAGGAACCAGAACUUUUACGCACGCCUGCAUCCACACCAACGCGCUUACGAUCUCCAGCCGUCCCUACGCAGCUACAUCCAUCGCCCGUUCCGCCGGUCCCUCCCCUGCCAUCGAUUACAACUGCUCCCAAUGGGAAUACUACGAGCACCGCCCCUCUAUCGCCCACCCCUCGCUCCCCUGCACAACGUACCGUGUCCCCCGCACCUCGAAUGCCCAUACCAAAAGCUACGCCAUCUGCGUUCAAUAACAUUUUGGAUCGCGGACAGAAACCGCGACCAGGAAGCCCUGCGCCCCCACCUCGGUCAAGGGACCGACCUGGUAGUGCCGCAGGACACCGACCACCACCUGUGGCUGUCCCGAAGCGCGACGGGAUGUUUUGA